AGUAUUAUUAUCCCAUUUUUUAAAAAGUACCCUAUUAUGGGUAUUAAGUCUGAAGAUUUUUUAGACUUCUGCAAGGCUUCUGAACUUAUGUUAAAUAAAGAACAUCUUAAUAAUGAAGGACUUGAAAAACUUAGUAUGAUUAAGAGUUCAAUGAAUAAAAAGCGUGUUGAUACGAGUAAAGAUUAA